AUGAGUGAUGCUCAGAGUCAGUCAACACUGGAGGCCAAACUGAAGGCCCUGCAGUGCCACUUCACCUGGGACAUCGACACCAGAAGGGCCGAACUUUUCCGUCUCAGGGACAAACUGGAGGACAUCGGCACAGAUGAUGGGAAAAGCUGGCUGGGUCACAUUUACAACCUGCAGGGAUACAUUCACUACCAGCUGGGCUUAAAUGAAAACUCUUCAGUGAAACGGCGUUUCACUGAAGAGGCUCAGCGUUUCUUCAACAAAGCCACAGAGGCCUUCCACGGGGCAAGAAAGGUUUCAGAUGAAGGUCCCUGGUUGGUGGUGAACUACGGGAACCUGGCUUGGGUGCAUCAUCACCUGGGAGAAAAAGCAGAGAGUCAGACUUACCUGUCAAAGGUCGACACCCUGCUGAAAGAAUACCCAUCUCCAUCCAAGGACAAGCUCCAUCCAGAGAUCUACGCUGAAAAAGCCUGGACCCUGAUGAAGUUCGGCAAAGACAAAACGGUGAUGGCUGCAGAUUACUUCCAGAGAGCCAUCAGAAUGCAGCCGGACAUGGUGGAAUGGCACACCAGCUAUGUGAUUGCAUUAGUGAAUCCUUAUAAGUACAGCGCCGAAUCAGUGGAGGGAGACAUCAUGGAGAAAAUGAGAAUGGCCAAGGAACAUGAUGCAGAGAAUUUCUACCUUGCUGUUCUCGAACUCGAGCAGCGUGCUAGGAAAGGAGAAAGAAUAGAAGAUGAAGCACGUGAGUUAGCCAGAAAGGUUUUGGAGAAUCCUGUCAGCAGCUACAGUGGUAUCAAAGUGUUAUUGUGGAUUUACAGUAAACACAUAUCUCUUGAUAGAGCUAUUGAUUUGGCAGAGGAGGCUCUGGCAAAACAUCCAGAUGAACGUUACCUGAAGUGGUGUGCUGCUCUCUGCUAUGAAUGGAGGAUCCUCUCACAAAAUCCUGUGGAGCAAAGCAAGAUAGACAGAGCGGUCAGUCUCCAUAAGGAAGUGAUUUCUCUUUACCCUAAUCCAUCAUCAUCACUUGUGAAGAAAAUAGCCCUCGCAAAUAUAUACGCAAAGUCAAAUCAUGGCCUGCCUCAAGCAGAGAAGACUUACCAGGAGCUCCUAACAACCAACCUGGAACCUGCAGAAAAACAGCUGCUUUACCACUGCUAUGCAAAAUAUUUAAAAUUCAAUCGAAAAGAUAACAACAAGGCGAUAGAAUAUCACAUGAAGGCAGCAGCGAUACCACAACUACCCUACUUUCGAGAGAAAAGCAUCGAAGCUCUGAAGACGUUUCUAUCAAGAAACCCAGGGAGCCCAUUGUGUAGAGAAAUAGAGAAGUUCCUGUCCAACCUGAAAGUCUAG